UAUAAAAAAGGACUGUUUGACUUGACAUGACGAUAACAUCUAGUAAGGAACCUGAACACUGCUCUUUUACAGGACUGAAGCAGUGAGAAUGGAAACCACGAAGAUCAACAUGUCCCGUGUCCCUCUGGUGAACGGGGGCAUCGACUCUGCCAUGCUCAAGGCGCACAAACCCCGGGUGAUGUCCAAAAGCGGCCACAGCAACGUGCGCAUCGACAAAGUCGACGGCAUUUACCUGCUCUACCUCCAGGACCUGUGGACUACAGUGAUAGACAUGAAGUGGAGGUACAAACUCACCUUGUUUGCUGCUACUUUUGUCAUGACCUGGUUCCUCUUCGGGGUUAUCUACUACGCCAUCGCGUUCCUCCAUGGCGAUUUGGAGAUGAACAAGUUCCCCCCGAAGCGCGAGCCGUGCGUCAAGAACGUGGACUCUCUGACUGGGGCUUUCCUCUUCUCCCUGGAGUCACAGACAACCAUUGGCUAUGGGUUCCGUUUCAUUACAGAGGAGUGUCCCCACGCCAUCUUCUUGCUCGUGGCCCAGCUGGUCAUCACCACCCUGAUUGAAAUCUUCAUCACAGGUACCUUUCUGGCCAAAAUCGCGAGACCUAAAAAAAGGGCAGAGACCAUUAAAUUCAGCCACUGUGCCGUCAUUACUAAGCACAACGGAGAACUUUGCCUGGUGAUCAGAGUGGCAAACAUGAGGAAGAGCCUCCUGAUACAGUGUCAGCUGUCUGGGAAGCUCCUCCAGACAUACGAAACCAAAGAAGGGGAGAGGAUCCUGCUGAACCAAGCCAGUGUCAAAUUCAACGUCGACUCCUCCUCGGAGAGUCCGUUUCUCAUUUUGCCUUUAACCUUCUACCACAUUUUGGAUGAGAGCAGCCCCUUGAGAGACCUGACACCUCAGAAUCUCAAGGAGAAGGACUUUGAGCUGGUGGUGCUCCUGAAUGCCACGGUGGAGUCCACCAGUGCUGUCUGCCAGAGCAGGACUUCCUACAUCCCCGAGGAGAUCCACUGGGGCUACGAGUUCGUGCCUGUGGUUUCCCUCUCUCCAAAUGGAAAGUACGUUGCGGAUUUCAGCCAGUUCGAGAAGAUCAGGAGGAGCACAGAUUCUACUUUUUACAGCAUGGACUCUGAAAAGCAAAAACUGGAGGAGAAAUACAGGCAGGAGGAUCAGAUGGAGAGGGAACUGAGAACAAUGUUGUUACAGCAGAGCAAUGUUUGAUUGAAUGGACAAACUAUUCUGAUUAAUCCUUUUUGCAAACUGAAAAAAGACCCAUACUCUGUGCUGUAUGUCUGCCAUGAAACCAGCAGGGGAGUCCUUUUUUAACUUUGGUGCACAGUAAAUCAAUCCCUUUGGCCGAGUGGUUAAUCAAUUAUUUUUUAAUUAGGCGGGAUUUCUCUGUGCACCAUCACGACUUAGCAAAGUCGGAUUUGUGCUAAGUCUGUGCCUUCUGCCACCACUAAAAGCAGACACAGCACUUUCCUUUUGUAAAGUGAAACUGGAUGCACUGUGCUGAUUCCUCCAAAUAUUUAUUUGUCGUGGUUUUACUGUGAACAUGCACUCGCAGAGACGGCACACAGCACUGCUCCUUUAAAAUACCUAUAUUUAAAAUGUAUAUUCUUGUACCAGGCAUUGCCUCCCGGGGGAUUCCCGGCACUGAAAGUAAGUUUAACGGAAGAGAAAAGCGGUUGGAUGUGGGAAGAGCCUGCAGGGAGGGGUUAAAAUCCUUAAAUCUUGAAGGAGGGUGACAGAGUAGUGCUGGGUGGAGAGGAAGAGAACUCGCUCUCUGUCUCUGCUGCUCAGAGCUUGUUUUGUGAUUGUUUUAUGAUCACUCACUUUUUUAACCUUGCUAAUGCCUGAUUUAUAUAUAAUAGCAAAAAAUGAGGGAGAUAAGGGCAAGAUGCACAGAAUCAUAACAGUGGUCAACUAAGGUUACAGCUGGCUUUGAGACACCUGUUUUUUAUCCAGUGUAAAUAGUUUGUAGCAGCAGCAUAACAAUACAAUUCUACAGAUUGCUUGCUUUGCUAUGGACCAUAUUUAAUUCUGGUUAAAAGAAAGCUGUGUAACGUCUGUAGACAAUAUUUACUUUUUUUUUUCUGGCAACCAUAAAGGACAAGCAUUCCUUUCAUCCAUUUCAUUUUUUUUGGUCUAACUAAAACCAUUCCAUUAAUAAAGGAAUUAAAUUUGA